AUUUGGCCGUGUGUCGACACACUCUACGGUAGUCUUAUAUCUGGCUCUGACCAAGCGUAUCCUCUGAAUUAGUUUCAUUCGAAGCGUCGCGAGACCUGUGUUGACUCAAUUCCAAGAGCAACGUUGAAAUGAGUACACUUCUACUGUUCAGCCGAUCAUUCUUUCUUGCCAGCAAUGGGAGAAGACAGCUUUCGAAUGUCGGUUUUAUCGGCUUGGGCAAUAUGGGCGGCCACAUGGCGAAAAACCUGAUAAAAAAGGGAUACAAACUAACGGUUUUUGAUGUCAACGGAGCAGCUGUAUCAAGCUUGGUUGAGGCUGGCGCCAACGGUGCAAACUCUGCAGCCGAAGCCUCGGAAAAUGCGGAUGUGGUAAUAUCUAUGCUACCGUCAAAUCAGCACGUCUUGGAUUGUUACUUUGGUGAAAAAGGUGUCUUGAGUUCGGUCAAGAAGGAUGUUCUUCUGGUGGACAGCAGCACAAUCGACCCGUCAAUUUCCGAGCAAGUGUCAACCGCAGCUAAGAAAAUCGGUGCGCGAUUUGUCGACGCUCCUGUCUCUGGAGGUGUCAACGCUGCGAGCGCCGCGACGUUGACGCUGAUGGUCGGCGGUUCGAAAACGGAUUUCGAAGACGCUGAGCGAGUGCUUGUCGCAGUCGGAUCACGGGUGAUCCAUUGUGGCAAGGUCGGGGCCGGUCAGGCAACGAAACUGUGCAACAACAUGCUUCUGGGGAUAAGCAUGAUCGGGACUGCAGAGGCAUUUAUACUCGGAGAAAGACUGGGACUGGACCCGAAGAUCCUAGCCUCGGUCAUAAACACGAGUUCGGGCAGAUGCUGGUCUUCCGAAUUGUACAAUCCGGUUCCAGGCGUUCUUGACAACGCCCCCAGUACGAAUGGUUACCAGGGCGGAUUUGGCACAGCGUUGAUGACUAAGGACUUGGGACUUGCUCAGGCCGCUGCAUCACGGACCGAAACUCCGAGUCCGUUAGGAUCUAUCGCCUAUCAGAUUUACAGAACAGCCAUGGGCCACGGACACAGCAAGCUGGACUUCAGCGUUGUGUAUCAAUUUUUGAAAGGGAAACAGUAGCUCGAACCAAUGUGAUUUUUACUAUCAGGAGAACGUAUGCUGAUCGAAGAUACUACGCUAUUAACAGAAUCUCACGGUAUUACAUGUAUGUGCAUUAUAGUCGUGUCCAAUAUACUUACAUACUUUCUAAUGCAUGAGCUUAAUCGUACGAAGAAGACGAA